AUGAGGUUUGCGAUGGGCAUCCAGUUCUGGAUUGGAAGUAAACAUGCCACUGUGUUCACCGCCAUCGUGUCCGCCGAGCGAAACCGCGUACCGAUUCAGAUCAAUCUGGUGGGAACGUCAGGUCUGCAGCUCCACGUUAACGGGACGGACAUCAACAUGGCGGUGUUCAGAGACAGCGAGUACGAACUGGAAGUGGACGACAGCGCAGUUGUGAGCGGUCCUGAACAGAACACGCUUCUCGUCGUCUUCUUCAAUGGGAUUACUGCAAAAAUUACGGCAGACAAGGCGAUGUUAUUUGUGCAGUUCUCAGCCCCACCAGAGUACAUGAACAGAACGCAAGGUCUGCUGGGAAGAUGGGACGGUGACAAGUCAAACGACUUCGAGGCCUUUGAUGGAACCAUGCUUUCCGCCAACGCCUCGGAGAGACAGCUGUAUGAGAUAUUCGGGCAGUCAUGGCAAGUAACGGAAGAAGAUGGACCCAAGAAGUCGCUUUUCUACUACGCCAACGGGGUGGGUCCUAAAAACUUCACCCUCGCGUCAUACGAGCCGGCCUUUACAGACGAGAUCGUGUUCGCCAGUGCCGAGCUGGAGCAGCAGGCGCGGACUGUGUGUGGGGAGGACAAGACCUGCCUGUUCGACAUCAGCCAUACUGGAGACGUGCAGGUCGGGGAGGUGUCGCUGGCGGCGUUGCAGACUUUUGAAGACGAGGUAUCGGGGAGAGAAAGUUUCCCGCCGGCGAUAUCCGGGCCGGUUGCUUUGUAUCUCUCACCCGGGGAGGUGGUAGAGAUAGAGCUGAACGCUACGGACCCUCAGGAUCUACCGAUCACGUUUGAGAUAGGACCUGACGUACCGCCAGAUGUCGUCUUAAUCACCAAUGGCAACUACGCAAAAGUAACUUGGAACGUCACAGAUAAAACUGUCUUUAAUCUUCAGGUGACGGCGAUAAACUCCCGAAACAGCUCUACCGAGUACCGGCCUGUCCUGUACCUGUGUUCCUGCAUGCAUGGUGGCCGCUGUAACGCCAGCAACGAUCUAGAUCCGUCGCUUGUGGGAUAUGAUGAUAGAUUCGUCAUCCAGACAUGUCUGUGCGAGGAGGGGUACACUGGGGAGCACUGUGAGAGUGACAUCGACGCAUGCGCGGAGAACUUUGACCCAUGUUUCCCAGGAGUCAUCUGUACGGAUCUCCCGCCACCUGCCGGCUUGGAGGACGGUUACACGUGUGGUGACUGUCCCCUGGGGUACGAAGGCAACGGGACGUCUUGCCAAGACAUCGACGAAUGUGAGUUGGAAGAGGCAACAUUGUGCCAACACAUCUGUGUGAACUAUGUGGGCAACUUCACUUGCGGCUGCAAUGAAGGAUUCAAGGUGGCCGAGGACGGACAUUCAUGUAUAGACUUAGAUGAGUGUGCACUGCCCAACAACUGCAGUCAGCUGUGUGAAAACACGAACGGGUCGUACACGUGUGGAUGUUUUGCGGGGUUUAAGUUCGACCAAGACGGCCAAUGUCAACCCGAAAAGAGUUGUACAGACGAGGACAACCCUGAGUGUGACCUGACCACAAGCUGGUGCACUAUGAAUGACACUGGCCAUGCGCAGUGCAUCUGUUUCAACGGAUUUGAGGUGGUUGAAAACGGGACCAUGUGUCAAGAUAAAGAUGAGUGCACCACUGGGACGCAUCACUGUGACCAGGUGUGUACGAACACACCAGGUGCGUACACCUGCCACUGUCUCGACGGAUACAUGAUGGCUGAUGAUCCACUACAUGGUUGCGAAGAUGUAGACGAGUGCUCAGACUGGCUUCAUGACUGCGAAGGUAACGAAGUUUGCGUGAACGAGCCCGGGGGAUAUUCGUGCGUCUGCGCACCAGGAACCAAUAGACACCAAGGAUUUUGCAUACCAGACAUUGAUGACUGCGGGUCCGCCCCGUGUGCUCAUGGCGUCUGUACGGACGGUCCCACCAACUACACAUGCACGUGCAGUUUAGGCUGGGAAGGUCAUAACUGCGACACUAAGAUGUCUGCCGACGACAACUCGGUUGUGGUGGAAGUAGACAUGGAUGUAGCAGAGUUCACAGAAGAAAGGGAAGCACUGCUGAAGGCGGCUGUGGCAUCCGGACUGACAAACUUCUGUAUGAAACACUUGCGGGAGUAUCGUGCAUGUGAGGCGCCUCCUCCUUCUGGCUGGCUCCGUAUCCGCAGAGAGACGACUGCAGCUGCGAUUGGCCCAUCAGACAUCCACGUGCAAGUGGUUGUUCCUCACGCUCCAACCGCUGACCACCACACGGCAUUGAGAAUCUACGCCAGAUACCCCGGUCCUGAUGACGUACUCAUCCUCCACGGUGAUGUCCUCCGUCUCGUCAUCACUCACAUCAAGAUGGAGAUAGAGAUGUUGCUAGGCAACAGUCACGUGGUGUCCAUCAGCAUCUUCCAGGCUGACGCCUAUGGGACGAGAUCACCCACACAACAGCAGGAUCAUCUUUCUACAGUUGGUCCAGCUGUUUACAAAGACGACGCGCUCAGUUUUAAGGAGAUGAUCGCUGCCCUAUCGGUGGUUGCCUGUGUUGUGAUUGCUGUGGUAGUCCUUAUCAUCUACAAGAAGUAA